UGAAUGGGUCAGUGACUUGGGUCGAGCCUCAGUUUUGGGCCAUUCGAGGUUCGUGAUGUGGGACACGGUCUUCCAACGCGUUACUACUUUUCCCCACAGGGAAAGUUCUGCAGGAACGCGUUGAGGGAAAGGGGAAAGAAAAUCCGGAGGCAUUACGGAAGGAUGGGAGAGAUAUUUAAUUACAGUCAUGACGCUAAAGGGAGUGGGAGGGAAAAGGGCCAAAUCGGCCACCAAUUUUCUGGCCUAGCGCGACCUUCUGGCCGAGUGCGCAGAGCGUCCCAAACGCGCCAAACGUGCCAAAUAAGCCAAAUAAGCCAAAUCAAGCCAAAUGAGCCCAACAUUCCCCGUCUUAGGAGUGGGAGGAAAAACGGCCAAAUCGGCCGCCAAUUUUCUGAACGAGCGGACCCACCAUUUGCGUCUUCAAUAGGGGUGGCCGGAAAAAGCGCUAGGCGUCGGCAGAUAGCUUCAGCAUCACAUUUGUCCGUUUUUUGGCCAAACUUUUCAGCACACGUGGGUAGGCACUCAUGGCUGAAAUUUCCUUUCCCUCCGAAGCGCCGACGCGCCAUUCUAUCGCUGUGGAUCUGUUUUGGACGUCUUCCCUGCCACAGGAGCGAACGAGCUGGCACAUGGAACGAAGCUUAUCACGUGAUGAAAUGUACCUGCAGAAGCGCGAGACCACUUUUCGGUGGGGCUUGGGGACGUGUUGGGCGGGCUACGCGACUGGACAAAUCUUGUCCUUGGAAGGAAUCCAAGCCUGGCGUGCAGCUUGCCUUCAGGGAGAAAAACAUCUGCGACUAGCCGUCGUUGUUUGGAGGGCCUUGCGCG